GCGAAUACUGUUGUCCAGACGUCUGUGGAUACACAUGGGAAUCAGCAUGACAUUGAACUGGAUCAUCGGCCCCCUUAUUAUGCUCGGUGUUGCAUGGGCCACGCUUCCCGACCUCCCGACAUACAGGACAGGCGUGAUCCUCGUCGGGCUCGCUCGUUGCAUUGCCAUGGUGAUGGUGUGGAAUCAGUUGGCCGGUGGGGAUGGCGAAUAUUGUGCAAUCCUCGUCGUUGUUAACUCGGUGCUCCAAAUCGUGCUCUACUCACCAUAUGCGGUCUUGUUUGUGAACGUCAUUGGGCACAGCGAACAGGGUAUUCGUCUCGCCUACGGUUCGGUGGCGAUUUCGGUUCUCAUCUACCUUGGAAUCCCUCUCCUUGCUGGUGUCAUUACGCGCUUCGCAGUAAUUCGAUUGAAGUCGAGGGAAUUCUUUGAUAAUACGUUUGCGCCACGAUUUUCCCCUCUCGCUCUCCUCGGUCUCCUGUACACCAUCAUCGUUAUGUUUGCAUACCAAGGGCAUCACAUCGUGCAGAAUCUUGGUCCUGUUUUCCGGGUAUUCGUUCCAAUGAUCCUGUACUUUUUCAUCAUGUGGACGUCAGCCUUUGCACUUGUGUUCUUCCUUGCUCGCCGAGAAGUUCGCAAAGGAAAUACGAAAGAUAGUGAUUUCGCGUAUGAAAUGGCAGUGGUGCAGGCUUUUACCGCAGGCAGUAACAAUUUCGAGCUUGCGAUUGCGGUAGCGAUCGCCGUGUAUGGGGUGGGGUCAGAUCAGGCGUUGGCAGCGACAAUUGGGCCGCUAGUAGAGGUUCCUGUUCUUCUCGCUCUGACAUGGGUUGCGCAAUAUUUGCGCGUUAAACUACAGUGGGGGUCGCCUCCAGCGGAUUGCAGGAAUGUGAAGGCCUAGGACGCGAAGACAUACUUAUCAGUGAAUUUUAAAAAC